AUGACAUAUUGUUUUUUGAAUAUGUUACGAAUAGAUUCCAUCAAGAGUAGCUUUGAAAUAAGUUACGUCUCAAGUUAUUAUUCUAUCGUCGAAGAUCCAACACAUGAUCAAAUUAUUCUGGGCGCAAAGAAUUAUAUUAUUGCCUUACGAAAACAAUCCUUAAAUUUAUUGCAAAUUGUUCCUUAUAAUUCAUCGCUACAGCAAAAGCGCCAAUGUCAAUUCCGACCAUCAUCAUCACCUAAUGUGAAUUUAUGCAAUAAUUAUGUGACUUUUUUGGCUAUCGUUGGGCGCAACCUAUAUUCCUGUGGCAGUUAUUCGCUGGCUCCUAAUUGUACCAUCCGAAAGCUCUCCAAUUUACAUCAAAUAUUACAUACACACGAUGGACAUGGUCUAGUCUCCUUUAAUCCAGCAUUACCAAGUAUCAAUGCCAUCUCAGCGGAUGGAAGCCUUUAUGGUGGAACAGUCUAUGAUAUCGAUAGGAAAAGUUACACCAUUCAGCGCCGCUUUGGUGGAAAAGUAUCCUUGAAUACGGACGGUAGUAGUCCGACUUGGUUAAAUGCCCCACGAUUUGCCGGCUUUCAUGAAAGUUUAAAUCACAUGUUUGUUUGGUUUUCUGAAACAAUUCAAGAGUUUCAAGAAGCAGAUAAUGCUGUUUACCCACGUAUUGCUCGUAUUUGCAAGAAUGAUAUUGGUGGGGUAUACAUCCUUCGUAACCAAUGGACAACUUUCGCCAAAGCCAGACUUAACUGUUCUCUUCCUGGUAAAUUUCCCUUCUACUUCCGCAAUAUCAAAGACAUAUUUAGAAUGGAAGAUACUAAAACCACUUAUGCAGUCUUUACAACAUUAAGUAAUGGAUUACCAGGCUCUGCUAUUUGCGCAUUUAAAGAUGAAGCUAUUAAUGCUGUCUUCGCCAGUGACUAUAUUCGUCGGGAUGAAAAUGGCAAAUGGCAAAAAGCGACUAAUCCAGGACAUAUAGAAAAGUGUGAAACAUACGAAACCAGUAUUUCAAGAGGGCAACCAGCUGGAACUACCAAACGUGAUCUUUUCCAGGCUAUGAAAUAUCAAUCGAUGGCAAAAGUUGUUCAACCAAUACAAAAAAUACCUUUGGUUGUCAUGAAUGAUGUUCGAUUUUCCAAAUUAAUGAUUGAUAAAGUUCAAAUCCGUGGUGGACAACAUGUUCAAAUUUUUUUUGUAGCUACAGAUCAUGGGACCGUACUUAAAAUGUAUCAACCACACGGUCGACAAAAAUUGUGUACCAUUGAGGAAAUUAAAAUUUCAUCCGCUAUGAAAGGAGAGAAAAUUACUAAUAUGCUCUUUAUUAAGAAAGAGAAAUAUCUCUUCAUAACUACUGAAACGAAAGUUUUAAGAAUUGGCAUCAAUCGAUGCGGUCGGUAUGCCACUCAAAGCCAGUGCCUUCUAGCUCAUGAUCCAUACUGCGGGUGGUCUGUUAAGGACAACAAAUGUACCGAAUAUACGCCACUUUCUAAUUGGAUACAAGAUUUAAGCAAGUGUCCUACAUCCAAGAUCGACUCAGAGGGUUGGACAAAUUGGUAUAGUUGCCAUCAGAGUGAUCUUGGCAAAUGUCAGUGUAGAAAGCAAUAUUGCUUAGGUUGUCGUACAACGCAAAUAGUUAAAAUCGAUGCAGUUAAUUGCACAGGUGUACAAAAUUAUUCACCAUGGUCGGAAUGGUCUCCAUGCUCAAAAUCAUGCGGAUUUGAUGGUGUUCAGAGACGUACAAGAAGCUGUGGUCGUCCACCUUGCGACAAAACGACAGAAGAAACUCGUUCCUGUAAUCAGCAAAUUAUUUGCCCAGCAAUCGACGGAGCUUGGUCAGAAUGGUCUAGUUGGGCAUCUUGCAAUAAGAAAUGUGAUAAUGACAUGGUAACAACCAGAAAAAGAGAAUGUAAUAAUCCAACGCCACAAUAUGGUGGUCGCGAUUGCUCUGGUGACUAUCUCGAGCAGAAAUCCUGCCUUGCGAGUCAAUAUUGCCAAGAGCAAACGCUAACGAGUGUUUGGACACCAUGGCUAGCCGUAAAUCAUUCCACUACGCAACGACGAUUCCGAUUUACUUGUUUUGCUCGAUUACCAGCAGAACGUAAAGAGAAGGAUAUGCGAAUUAAUGAAAUGGAAACAGAAUCUCGUAAUUGCGAUGCUAAUGGCCAAUGCCAAAAAUUUCAAAGUAAUGAUGGUCAGUGGUCAUCAUGGCAGCCAUGGACACCAUGCAGUAGUACAUGCGGAACUGGUAUCCGCACUCGAAAUAGAACCUGCGAUAAUCCAGUUCCCACCGACGGUGGUCAACCAUGCCAUGGUAAUUCGAUUGAAACCGUCGUCUGCACCUUGAAUCCAUGCACAACUGAAGUGGUGAAUGCUGCUGUCAUUCCAAUUUGGAGUUGUUGGACGGAAUGGUCGCCAUGUAGUCGAACAUGUGGUGGUGGCAAUCAAAUUCGAACUAGAACAUGCCGUGAUGGAGUAUCCAAUCAAGUUUUAGAUGCUGAUCAAUGUGGUGGAUAUGAUAUGCGAGAAUCCAAGAGUUGUAAUCGAUUUGAUUGCUAUUCUGAUAGCGAUAAAGUUUGCGAUGAUUGGACAAUUUGGUCAGCUUGCAUUAAUAAUCGCCAAGUUCGAUCGCGAAAUUGUAAUUGUCAUAAUAGUACAAGCUGCGAUGUGAUCCAAACGGAGAUUCAAACUUGUGGUGAAGUUUAUCCGACUAUGGCUCAGUGUAGUAAUACAGAUGGCCAGCAACAACAAAUUCAAUCUGGUACAACAGAUUCAACUGUUUCUGCUAGGAACGACGAUAAUUCUAAACUAAAUAUCAUUACAUUAGUAGUAGUCAGCAGCGUUAGUAGCGUCUUAUGCUCUGUACUGUCAGUUUUGAUUUAUAUCCAAAUCAAUCACAUCAUCCGUAGUCGGCGAAAGAAAGACAAGGAUCAAGCGAAUACAGUCUAUGUCGAGAGAUAUCCGUCAAAAUUACCAGUAGGUCUAGCGCAAUCAGAUGAUUCACAAGAUGAUAAGAAAGUUGCUCCAGUGGCAACUAAAAAUCAUGUUGUAACCGUAGAAGACGAAGAAAAUGGAACAUUUUCAAUCAACCAAAAUCCUAAAUAUACAGCUAUGACAGCCAUAGCAUUAGAUAGGAGAUUGAGUAAUAGCAGUAGCAGUAGCAGUAGCGGUUUUGAUAAUAAUAGCUCGAUAGAGGAUGAUUAA